UACGCCGGAUACGGUUGGUCACACUAGACAAUACGUUGUGAUUCGCGUGCGUGUGCGUGCGACGUAAAUAUUUGUUGUGUUUACAUGUUAUUAUUUUCGUGUCGAAACGAAAUAAUUGCUAUGGACCUACCGCCGUGCACGGGUUACCGCCGACCGUAAUCGUUACGUUUCGUUUUUCGCUCAUCACCGUUAGUUGAUUUAUAUAAAUUUUUUUUUAUGAUUAUUUCGACGAAACUUGCCGCCUGUGCCUCCGCCUCCGCUGUCGUAGCCGUCACCGCCGACCGUUGUGCUUACCGUUACCAGGAUUAGGACAUAAUUGUCGUCGUUGUCCUCGUUUACUGUUUUACGCUGCCGCCGACUCUCACGCGAGUGUUCUUCGCGUAUUCUUCACCGAUACUGGUCUGGACGUUGGACACGGAAUAAUCGUCACCAAUGGGCGACCGGGUGUACGCAGCCGAGAAGCUUAUGAAGAAGCGGGUCAGGAAAGGUCGGGUUGAAUAUCAUGUUAAAUGGAAAGGAUGGGGACCUAAACAUAAUACUUGGGAACCUGAAGAAAACAUUAUUGACACAAGGCUUAUUGAUAUUUUUGAACAAAGUCAAACACGUACAGAUAACAAUUCUCACAAGCGUGGUCCUAAAAGAAAAACUCAAAGUACUCACAUAGAAAUACCAACUACAGAAACAACUCGAAGUGAUUACGAAGAUGAAAUUGCUGAUGGUGAUGUACCCGAUUAUAAUAGCCAAGAUGAAUCCGAAGUUUUGCCAGAGUCUACUAAUGGUGCACCUUUAUUACCUAGGCAUGAUGAUGAUAUUGAAGAAGAUAAACCAAUUGAUGAAGAUUCAUUAGCAGAAAUGCCUAAAUUAAAUGCAGCUGUUAAAGUAGAUGUGAUUGCAGAAAAAACUAUUGAAGAAAAAAUGACUCCUGUAUUAGAAGUCAAUGAUACUCGAGAAGAAGAAAAAUUAUCAACUGUAGCAAAAUCUACACCUUUGCUUUUAGUUUCAACUACACCCAAGCAGUCUUCCAAAUCACCUUCACCUUUACCUAAACCUCAAAAAGUUAAACGUAAAGCUGAAGUUUUAUCUAAAGAAUCUGGUAAAGUUGGUGUAACUAUAACGACGAGCCCUCCUGUGAUGGAAUCAAAAGUCCCCAAGUUACAGUCGCCCACAAAUGUUCCAAACAAUUAUUUACCACUCGUAGUACUUAAUCCGGAAUGUGGAAGAACUCCUAAAAGAAAAGUUUCUGAACAUACGCUUCCUGCAGUUUUGACAAAUCAAAAUUCCUCCACAACAUCAGAAAAUCAACACCUUACUUUGACAGCAAUACUUCAAAGUACUCCAACUAGUGUAAAAUCAAGAGAUACACUUGGUGCAGCAGCACCUAUCAGUUCGAGAACAUCUGGUGAGCCGGCUAGGCCCCAAGAAGAUGCUGCAACAGCUGUAACUCAAGGUGCUGGAGUUCAACAUCAGGUACUAGAUACAGCAUCUGUUGCUGAAACACCUACUCAACGUUUACAGUAUAAGACCAUACUAGCAAACCCUGGACCUGAAUAUUGGCUUGCACGCAAUCCAGUUGUGGAUAAUGUUUUUAUUACUGAUGUGACUGUCAAUUUAAAUACAGUUACAAUUAGAGAGUGUAAAACAGAAAAAGGAUUUUUUAAGUCUAGUGUUGAAACUAGACUUUAAUCUACUUUUUGGUAAUAUUUUAUUUAAAUUAUCCUAUGGUGUUAGAUAUAUUGUAGGAACAAUAUUUUAUUUAUGGCUAAUAUAUAGAUAGGUAUAACAGUUAUCAUUUAAAUAUAAAUAUAUUUUUAAAACUAUAUGAAUAUACAGGGUGAUUGCCAAAGCUGUGUUU